AAAUAACCACUCAAUAAACCCUACCCACAAAUCCAAUUUCCACCCAAUUAUUCCCAUCCCUCCCAUCGCCGCCGUCGCUCUCCCCAGUCUCUACGAUGGUGGCCGCCGGAAAAAAGACGAAGAAGACUCAUGAGAGCAUCAACAACAGGCUGGCUCUUGUGAUGAAGAGUGGGAAAUUCACUCUUGGAUACAAAACUGUGCUCAAGACGCUCAGGAGUUCCAAAGGUAAAUUGAUAUUGAUUUCCAACAACUGCCCACCGUUGAGGAAGUCUGAGAUUGAGUACUAUGCAAUGCUUGCUAAGAUUGGUGUUCAUCAUUACAAUGGGAACAAUGUUGAUCUCGGGACGGCAUGUGGGAAGUACUUCCGUGUUUCAUGCCUCAGCAUAGUUGACCCAGGUGACUCCGACAUCAUAAAAAAUUUGCCCGGAGAUCAUUGAAGACGUAGGAUUGGAACUACAUUAUUCUCUCUUGUUGCUUAGGAUCCUUUGAUGUUUGAAAUUUUGCUUUGCUAGAAAAUCGUUGUGGUAGAACCAAGUUUUAUUUUCGAGUUUUGACUUCAUCAUGGUUAAGGCUUACCAAUAUAUAAAUUGAAUGUUUUUCAA